AUGGGUUGCAUAGUAAAAUUCAGCGUUGACCGUUACUUUUUGAAUUCGGAAGUUGUCGCCGAAGAUGAGUUGGAAUUCGUGAAGUUCGCUAAUGUUUCCGGCGAAGCAAAGGAUGCUUGGGUUUUCGAUGGUGUUGAAACCCUUCGCUUUAAUUUACCUUAUUAUGAGCAUGGAUAUGGACCCUAUUUAGGUGUUUCAGAAACUUUUAAAGCUAAUAUGAAUGAAAAGAAGCUCAAUCUUGGUGUUGGAGCCUAUCGAACCGAAGAAAUCCGGCCUUGCGUACUGAAUGUUGUCAAGAAGGUGGUGUAUUGGAAGGAUGAGUUUGGCUUCAUGUUAGCUGACAUUUUGAAACAAAAUAAAGUAAAUGAUUCAGGCAUGAGAUUUGAUCCCGGGGUAAGGACAGUUGAUUUCGAUAGGUUUAUAGCCGAGUAUGAGAAUGAUCAUACUUCUUGUUCUUUGUCUACUUUGAUUAAUUUUACAGCAACUGAGGAGGAGAUCGAGGAGGCUCUUUACCGAAUUUAA